GAAAUGGGGGCUUCUCAAUCAGAGUUAGAGCCACAAUCACAAUCACAACCACAACAGCAGCAACAGCCACACCCACAUGAACCCACAAGAAGGGAAUCUUGGUUGUUGUCUCCUCAAAGAAACGCAAAACCCAAUGAAACUUCAUCCAUGAUGCCAGUGAAACCUUUGAAAGGACUAACUUUACCUCACAACUGUGAAAAUAUAUUGAAGGGUGCAGAUUUUGAUGAUAAAUCUUCGAUCUGGGGAAAGCUGUCGGAUAAGCUAUAUGCUGGGGUGUUCUUAGACAAUAAAACAAAGAAAUAUUGGGUAGAAAAGAAGUCCAACGGCAACUGUUUCAUGCUGUAUGCAAGAUCACUCUCAAUCACCUGGGCAGAAAAUCAUGGCUAUUGGAAAUGGGUCCAACAGAAAGAAGCAAGUGGCACAAUGAUAGAGAUUGCUGAGCUGAAAAGGGUUUGCUGGCUAGAAGUGCAUGGAAAAUUUGACACUAGAAAGCUUUCACCAGGAAUUCUAUAUCAAGUCUCAUUUGUUGUAAUGUUGAAAGAUUGGGCUGAAGGGUGGGAAAUUCCAAUAAACUUUAGACUUGUCCUUCCUGGAGGAAAGAAACAGCAACAUAACGAAAUUUUAAUGGAGAAAUUCGGGGGUUGGAUAGAGAUUCCAGUUGGUGAGUUUGUGGCAUCUGAAAAUGAUGGUGGCGAGAUGGAGAUUUCUAUGUAUGAAUAUGAAGGUGGUAUGUGGAAGACGGGGCUUCUCAUCAAAGGCAUUGCCAUCAAACCGAAACACUAACAAAUAUAAAUUAAUUAGCUAUAAUCUCUCUGCCACCUACACUCAAAUCUUGUUCCCAUCUCUUCAUCUCUAGUCUCUAAUCUCUAGAUAUAACUAAGAAAGUGAAAGGACGAAAUAGCUAGAAAGAAAAGAGAGAGAAAGUAAAAAAUGAAAUAAAUAAAGUGAUCUUAUGAGAAAAGAGUGAUAACCUAGGUGAAAAUAUUGAUAAGUGUAUGCAUAUAAUUAUUGAUUAAAUAAAUUAAUAUGGUAUCACUGUAAUGUUGUUCU